AGGUCUUUAUGGAGCGGGCUCAGUCAUCAUCUACUGAUCUCUCUGUUGGUAGGGGUGCGCUGGGGUCAGGACGCUGGGCUAGGUGGGACUGGAGGCAUCGCUGAUGUUCAGUCAUGUGCUCGCUCUCCUGGCUCUGUCAGUUAGCAGUAUCUGGCGUCGUCGCCCCCUGGUGUCCAUUGUGCAUGAUUGCGGGGCGGAGCCGGCCUGUGUAGUCCCUGGGCAUGGGGAAUGGAGUCCAGGAGGAACAGGCGGCACUCACGCAGGAAGAGAGGCUGCCACUGGCCUCCUCCGGCCAAUCAGAGACUCGCACGGUGCUGAACUCCCUGUUGUCGGGGGCGCUGGCUGGUGCUGUUGCCAAGACAGUCGUAGCUCCUCUGGACAGAACCAAGAUCAUCUUCCAAGUGUCCUCAGCCAGAUUCUCUGCCAAGGAGGCGUACAGGCUGAUCUACAGGACCUACCUCCAGGAUGGCUUCCUCAGCCUGUGGAGGGGCAACUCUGCCACCAUGGUGCGGGUCAUCCCCUACGCCGCCAUCCAGUUCUGCGCCCACGAACAGUACAAGAGGCUGCUGGGGGGGUACUACGGCUUCCAAGGGAAAGUCCUGCCGCCGUUGCCUAGGUUACUGGCGGGGUCCAUGGCGGGCACCACAGCGGCCAUGCUGACCUACCCCCUGGACAUGGUCCGAGCCAGGAUGGCCGUCACACCCAAGGAGAUGUACAGUAACAUCCUGCAUGUGUUCGUGCGGAUCUCCCAGGAAGAGGGGCUGAAGACUCUGUACCGGGGGUUCACCCCCACCAUCCUGGGCGUGGUCCCCUAUGCCGGCCUCAGCUUCUACACCUACGAGACCCUCAAGAAGCUGCACGCAGAGCGGACCGGUCGCUCCCAGCCGCACUCCUACGAGCGCCUCGCCUUCGGAGCCUGCGCCGGACUCCUCGGCCAAUCAGCUUCCUACCCUGACGUGGUUCGGCGGCGCAUGCAGACGGCGGGCGUGACGGGCCACUCCUACGGCAGCGUGGUGGGCACCAUGAGGGACAUCGUGGCCGAGGAGGGCGUGGUCAGGGGCCUGUACAAGGGCCUCAGCAUGAACUGGGUGAAGGGCCCCGUCGCCGUGGGGAUCAGCUUCACGACCUUUGACAUGACCCAGAUCCUGCUGAGGAAACUGCAUCAGCUAGGAUACACGGCCCGCUAGGAGGAGAGGA